AUGUCGGCCGCACUCACUUCGCCGCCUCCGUCCUGCCCCUCUGCACCCACGGCCGAUUCUCCCACGGCUUCCCUCGACGCCGGGGCUUCUCGUUUGCUGUCCGCCGCUUCAUUUGUCUCUACGUCACGUCUGCCUCGUUCGUCGCUCAAAAUCGCUGCUUCUCGGCUGCGGCAAGACUCCGCUCGCAUGUCGCCACCAUCCCCCGCGCUCCCACGCCCCGCUGAGCACGGAGCUGCCUCUCCGUCUUUCGCUGCGCACGCUUCUGCUUUCCAGUCCCUUUCGUUUUCCCAGCACGCCUCUUUCUCUCGUCCUGCUUCCAAACAGCAACCCGAGCGCGCGUCUUCCGCCUCAAGCUCCAAUGCCUCGCGUCAGUCUUCGGGCUCUCAGUCUGGGAAUUUCUCCAGCGGCGACGAACUGACGCGCAAUUUGUUGGCGAGUUGGGCGGCCUCUGCGCGCUGCGCUAAGACGGCGGAAGAGGGACGCGAUAAAGAGAAGAAUCGCGAGCACCUCCGCCCGGGAGGCGCCGCGCAACCGAGACGCGCAUCCGGGCCCUCUGCGCCUCCCGCUGCACUUUCGACCUCCGCGCCUUGCUCGGCUUCCUCGAGAGCGCCUUCUUCGCUCGCCACGGCUUCGCAUGCGCCUCCACCUGCCGACCGCUUCUUUUCUAACCUCAAAAAGAAGGCCGCUUGUCCGCGUUCGUCUUCGGCGCCGUUCCAUUCCACCGCGGCUUUUCCUGCGUCGCCAGCCGCUGAGAAAGACUAUCGCUCCAGCGUUGUGCAGGCCGUUCUGCUGCGUCAGGCGCAAGGCCGGAAGGCUCGGGCCCCGCCUGUCGCCGAGCGUCUGCCUGAGGCGUCCAGCGCGCGCCGGGAACAAGACCGGUGCGGCCCUGAAGCGACGCAGCAACAGCAAGAGAGCGUCAAGCGCGAAGAUGUAGCCACUUCUCCACAGCACGCUCCCGCGGCCCCCGGCGCAGGUGAAGCGCUUUGCAGCUCCUCGCAGGCGCCGAACAAGGGAGCGGCAGCGACGGAUGCCUUCGCAUCCUUACCUGCGGUUCCGCCGGCAGAUGCUUCCGCGGCAGUGCUCGCUCGCUUUCCGGUGUUCGCCGCCCUGCCGGUUUGGUCGGUGGGCUGCCACGAGGAGACUGCGGCUGAAAAGGUUGCGCGAAGUCAACUCGCGGAGUGCAGAUUGAGGCGCGCAGGCCGCACGAAGGCGGCGCAGACGCCCGUGGGAACGGAGGAGGAUCAGACGAAAGGCACCGCGGGAGACGCGGCGAGCGGUUCAGCCGGACAGCCGGCGCCGCACGGGGCUCGGAGAUUGGAAGAGGGCGAGGAGACAGUCGCGGGGAGGGGCGACGCGCGAAGCGACGGCAAGCGCCGACGCGGCCUGCCGAGCUGCUUCGCGCAGAGCAAGGACUACCUUGGCGCUCUCGCAUCUCUGAGCGGGGCGGGCGGCGCAGCGCUCUACUGGGCGAGGGAGGCAGAGAGCGCGCGCGAGGCCCUCCGCGAGGCCGAGGAGGAUCGCGAAGGCACUGUCAGCCGUGUGCUGCAGGUUUUACGCUGCGAGGCACUCCUGCGCGAAGCCCGCAGAGUCCUGCGCGACGCAGGAGCUCUUCCCGACACGGAAGACCAUGAGGGAGAGGCACCAGGCGCCUCGCAGCUGGACGGGGGGGAUCCGAGCCGAGCAACCGCCCAGGCCGAAAGAGAAGCGCGUGGAUGCGCGGCGAAAAGAGCGAGGAAGACCUUAGAGACGACCCCACUAUUCAGGCGCUCCGCGCGCUGUUGCCGCGCCUGCUCGAGAGCCUGCCUCACUGGAUUGACGAGAAGCUCAACAUCGGAAGGUGAGUGCGAGGGAAAUCGUAGAGGAAAAGGCAGGUCUCAGGGAUCAGCAAGGACAGAUGACUUAGCACUGGGAGGAGAGAGCGCGGAAACCGGUGCGGCGGAGACGGCAGGUUGUCUCGAGGAGGAACGGCGCGUCUGGCACGCGUGGAGGGGCGAGUGGCUCGCCUUCACGAAGAUCCUUCCAGAGCUCCUUGCGCGUCGCUACGGAAUCUCUGCAUCCGUUCUGCGGAAGGAGGGCCCGUACUGCUGGACUGCGCGUCGCCGCCUCUGCACUUUGGAUUUGUCGCUCACGUCUGGGACCUGUGUUCCAAGGCUUUCCUUCGCCUCGUGCUGCGUGACUGCCGCCGACUCGGCUUCCGCGGCUGCUCCGCUUUCCCUCGCGUCCGCACCGCCUGCGCGGGGGGAGAAGAGGCCCGUGCCUCUUCUCUCCGUGUGCAGUCCUCCCGAGGACGAAGAGGAGGAAGAGGCCGCGGACGCCUUCGACUCUCCCGCGAGCUUCUUCUCGCCGCUGGGCACUCCGGCGUCUAGGGGAGAUCCUGGCUUCUCCUCUGCGGAGGAAGAGGCGGAAGAAGGCGAUGAAGACCUCGUCGUGUUCGAAGCAAAGUGGGUGAACGGCUGUACAGAGAGCGGCCUGCCUUACGACAUUCGCCUCGACGUGAAGGCUGGAGACGCCCUCCGAGAGACGCUUUUCAUCGAAGUCAAAGCCACUGUACGGGGUCGCCCUUCGUUCUUUCUCUCUGCGCCGGAGAUUCAGUUCGCCCGCUCACAGCCGGAUGCGUUUGUGGUUCUCUGCCUGUGGGAGGCGGGCUCGCCGCGCGGGGCGCAGUGGACAGUUAUUGACGGUUUAGGAAAACUCGUUGACAGCUGCGCGCAGCUCCGCGACCUUCUUGAGGAACCGCAGCGAGGAGACGGGGAGAGCGGCACCGCACGUAGUGAACGUACCUGCAGGACUCAGGGCGAAAAGCGAGCGAUUAAGUGCACCUUUGACGCGCUGCCGCGCAGCCUGAGGAGCGGCGCCAACGCGGGGGAGCAGCAGGACACACAGGGAAAGAAACGGGAGUGUUUCUCAACGAUCGAUGACCUCGUCUCCUGUCUGCUGCAGUCCAGCGAAAGCGCGUAG